AUGAAGCUGCAAACCCAACUACUCCUCCUGGCUUCCAUCACCGCAACGAUGAUCAUGAGCUGCGGCGUCCUCGCCGGCACCACCCACGCGAUACCGGUGCCCACGCUACGCGGCAUCGAGGACGACGACGUGGGCUUCGCGGAGCGCGAGGAGGCGGCGUACCCGCGGAGGAGGGUGCUUUACGGCGACCAGUACAUCAGCUACAAAGGGGUGCAGGCGAGCAGGCCGGCGUGCUCCGGCUCCUGCGCUGGCCGGGGGCAGCCCUACACCGGUAGCGGCUGCCAGGCCAUCUUCGGCUGCCGCGGCCGUUAA